AUGCUGUCAUGGUCUAUCAUCAACGACGAGCCGCACCAUGGAGAAGAAGCCGCCACGGCAGCCAUCGACGAAGGACAGGCUUCGAGGGAGACCACGGAGGCUCGCGAAGCCAGGCACAACGCGGUCUACGAGCAGGCGUUGGCCUUGCACGGAGAAGGGGCCCCGCACUCGGACGCCUGGGCGAGAGCGAAGAAGCUGUACGACACCGUCAUCUCUGACGAACCAAUGGAGGACAAGAGGUCGGCGUCCAGCUUCGGCACUCCCGUGCGGUUCCUUUGCCUCAAGAACCUCGCCGACAUGGUCGAGAGGGAGGGCGACAAGGCGAGGGCGCUGGAGCUUCAGGUCGCCGCUGCUGACGAGGACGCGACUGACGUGGCGGUGUGGAUGAAGAUGGCGAGACUGUCACGAGCGGCGGGACUGUCAAACCUAGCCCGCCUGGCCCUGGAGCGCCUGCUGGAGGUGAACGGAGACCACGUCUUGGCCCUGAGGACCCUGAAGGACGUGCUUUCGGAGAUAGGCGACGUCGCGGCCUGCCGCGAGGCUCAAGCUGCGGCUGCUGCUGGCGCUGAUGCUCCCGCCGGCUCCGCUUCCGGCUUGGAAGGCGGAGAGGGUGGCGACAGGAACGGGGUGGGAGCAACAACAGCGGCGGCAGGAAAUGAUUCCCACGAGCACAGCAAGCAAGAGCAGCAUAAUCAACGACGACUUCGACGGCCGUCCGUGGAGAAGGCGAUGGAGUGGUACAGCGAUGGUUCCAGCUCCUCGGACGAUGAUGACGAAGGCGGCGAGGAGGAAGGUGGCAAGGGCAAGGGCAAGGGGAAGCUGAACGGUGGCCGCCAGUCGGAGCUGAGGGCGGAGCGGCGGACGUCGGCCAGGCGGCAGAAGCAGGUCGAGAUCCGCGAGGCGGACGUGGCUGCUGCUAGGGAGGAUGACGUCGAGUUCCGCGUGGCCAGCUUGUUCCUCACGGCGGAGGAGGCCUCGCACGACGACAAAGGGGAUGGCGGCCUCGGUGCUGCGGCUGCCGCGGACGAAGAGGGGGAGCAGCAAGAGACGGAGCGCGCGUGGUGGCCGAACCUCGCGAGAGGUGCUGGCCGAGGCGCUCGAGUCGACGGCUCCGCGGCGGCAGAAGGGGGGGGGGCAUGUGGCGACGCGGGGGAGCUAGAGGAAGAGGAGGUAGCGCUGGCUGCCAAGAUGCUCCCGCGCUGGAAGCAGCGCCACGAUGUAGACUGCCGCAGAUGCGGGGAAGGAGGCAUUGUCUUAUGCUGCGACUUCUGCCACCUGGUCUACCACCCGAGAUGCCUGGAGGUCACCCCGGGCCUGACCAGCCUCUUCGCCUGCUCCGACUGCAAGGAGGAAGCCGCCAUCCUGGAGUGGGAACUCAAGGGUCGAGAUGACGCCGCCAGCGGGGCCGUCGCCGGAGGUCUGCAAGAGUUGCUGCGGGCUGCCGAUGGUCGCGCGGGGAAUGCCGGUGUGGUCGACCUCAUGCUUAGGUGGUUGAAAGGGGUCACCACAGCCCCGACGGACGACUUGUGUCUCGAGGCCGCCUAUUGCGCGGCGGACAACAGAGCGAGGGGAGGAGGCCGUGGCGGGGGCAACGGGGGGGUUCCGCAGACAACCGCGGGGGUACCCUCGGGGGGGUAUCAGCUCGCCGCGGUCGCUCUCGCCGUGGAGCCGAUCGUAAGGGGGUACCUGCCCACCCGGUUCACCUGGCCGGCGUUGCUAGCCGUCGGCCCCCCACCAGCCACGGUCGACGCUGCCGCCCCUGGAGAAGACGACGGCCCCGAGCUAGGACUCGCGUGCGAGCUCGCGCUCGCCGAGAUGCGCGUGGACAAGGCUCUGUCCCUGAUGCGGCAGCGCCAGCAGCAGCAGCGGCCCGCGGGCGGCAGCAAGAGCAACGCGCACAGCCCUGCGGGUGUGCAGCCAUCGGCGCCGGUGGGUGGCGCGGAUCCUCCCACGGCGGCGGCGGUGACCGCAGCCGCUGCUCCGGCGGGAACGGCAGGAGCAGCGGCACCCCCUGCGGCGGCAGCGGCGGCAGCCGUGGUUGUGACUGACGGCGCUGCUACCGAGGUGGGCGGCAAGAAGAACGAGGGUGCAGGCGGCGGCGGAGGAGGAGGGUGUCUGCGCAGGUCCCCGGAAGACCUCGCCAGGGAAGCCUCGGACAUUCUCGCGGACGCCGACAGGGCCAUGCUGCAGCUGGAGCCUUGGUGCUUGGCUAUCGACAACAGCAACCUUGGCGACGACGGCGAUGGUGCCGCGGGACACGGAGAGUCGAACACCGCACCCUGGGUGCUGGUGGUGCGGUGGUGGUGGCUGAAAGGCAUACGGGCGAGGCAGGGCGGCCAAGCGGAAGAAGCCCUAGAGCACUUUCACCUCUGCGAGAGAGCCCUGCGGGGCAGAGGAAGAGAACAGCGGGCGCAGCAGGGUAGCGGCGCGAGCAGCGGGCAAGAGGAGGAAAAGGGCGACGAGUUCAACGAUGAGGACGAGGAAGAAGUCGCGGUGCUGUUGCCGUACUGCUCGGUUCACCCGAGGAUCGAUCUGCAGGUUGUUCGGGGGCUUAUUACCGACGUAGAACUCUCCGGCACAAGCGAGGCAGCGCGUGAGGCGUUCUCGAGUGCGAUCCUUCUUCUCUCCAAGUGCGCUGCGGUGAGGAACGUAGACACGGCGGCGGGGCAGAGGGCGACCGUAACCGCGGGGACCGGCACCGGGGCGACAGCGGAGGCGGCGAGACCGGGAGCGGCAAGCCAGAGCGGCGCUUACGGGAAGUCGGGAGGUACACCUGGCGGCGGCAGCAGCGGCGGCGGCGGCGGCGGCGGCGGCGGUGUGGACGCGGCGGUCACCGAGUCCAGAGUUGGCGACGCGCCUGACUCUCAGAGUGUCGUGUCCGCAGAAAGCAACCCCGCCGGGUCGGCGCGUCUCGCACCCGGGGGCGGACAAGGCAACGGCGAACGGUGUUUUCCGUCGGCUGCGGUGGACGGGACGGCCCAGCCCGGCGGCACUGGUGGCGGUGUCAAAGCUUCAUCGCCGCCGCAGCAAAGAGACCAGGCCCUGAAAGCGCUGGCGUGUGUGAUGCGGGGGCUGGAGUCUCGCUUCGUGGCCCGGGCACCGUUGGCUUCGCCGCCGUUCCAAGGCUCGAUCUCUGCGCCGCAAUCGGCCGCCGCUGCGGCGGUGGCCGGUGGACCGGGAGCACCAGGCGUCACGGCCGAACCUAAGUCAGCAACGGCAGCGGGGAACAGGGGGGGCUGGACAGCCCGGGUGCUCUCGUCGCGAGCGGAGGAACUUCUGUCGGAUCUGCUGGAGAAGGAGAAGGCGUUCUUGGCGCAGGUCAACCGGGACGGCGCUCGCGCGCUCGAGCGGUUGGCGGCGGACCUCGACAAACCCAACGCCGCCGCCGCUGCCGCCACCUCUGCCCCGCCGCCGCCCCCACCGCCGCCGUUUUUCCUUGCGCGGACCUCUCCCGCUCCUGCUACGCCGGUCAUAACGGUGCCCGCCGUGCUUGCCUCAGCGGGCGGAAGAAGUGAUAUAGCCGCUCCGCGCCUGACAACAGCGGGCCCGAGCUCACCGCCGGGAACGUCGACCGCGGCAGCGGUGUCCGGCGGUGAACGUGAACUUCUUUUUCGGCGGCGGCGGCGACACGUUCCCCUACGGCUCUCAGGGCCCGGCCUGGGCGACCAAAACUCGGUGUUCUCGAUGAUGCUCCGCGGCGCUUCCCUUCUCGACCGCCACGAAAUAGCCGUACUCCUCGCGGUGAGGUGCGCCGAGCACUUCCUAGACGCUUCGGACGUGCUGGCCUCCCCGAAAGGACCUCUAGGCAUCGGCGGCGGUGGCGGCGGUAGGCGGGGGUCCCCGGCGAAGAGGAGGGCCGGUGCCGCCGGGAGGAGCGGGAGCGAGGGCCUAGGGGCGGUGCACCUCUUGCUGACGUCGAGAUCCCCCGGGGCCGACCGGCGAGCGGUAGACGCCGCCGUUACGAGCGCGACGGCCGAGUUCCUGGCCCACGCCCUGGCCGUCGUCGUCUGGGCGGUCCCGUGCGCAGCGAGGGCCGAGCUGUUCGGGGAUGGCGGCGGCGGUGGUGAUGGCAGGCGGGAGAUCGCGGCGGCGGCGGCGGCAGCGAGGAGAGCAUCGGUUCUGCGAUGCCUGGCUCGGCUUAUGAGGCACUCGAUGGAAGACGACAACACCAGGGUCCUAAACCUGUGCGUUAUCGCAUGGCAAGCGAUCGCCGCGGUUGCGCAUGUGCCGAACAACGCCUCCACUCGGACCGAUACGGAGACGGGGAAACCCCUGCCGCCGGAGGGACGAAGCGCGAUGGGGGUCGAGGCCGAGUUAGUACAAUCAUCCCACGACGACGAAGCGGGAGGUGUUUCGACAGCAGAUUGCGGCGCGUUUGCCGCGGAGUCCGUCGUUCGAGGCCUCGUUCGCUGCCUGUGCGGCGUGGUGGUGGGCCGGUGGAAGCAGACGGCGAAGGCGCGGAAGAAGGCCUGGGUUCUGCACGCAAUGGAGGCGGUGCACGCCCUCGUACGCACCCUCGAGUACCUUCAGAGUGUCAGCUGCAGCAACGCCAAGCCAUACACCGAAAACACCAACCUCACCGAUAGCGACAGCGUCAUCGGACCGAGGCUCAAUCCGGGGGUUUCAGGCGUCGCCGGCAGUGACAGCGGCGUUAUCACCCCCUCGGCGUCGGUUGGCGCAAACCCCGCGCGGCGUUCUUCCUCCUUUUUCUUCAACGCCGGCGAGCUCCGAGAGGUUGUGAAAGCCUUGAUGGGCCUGUCGAAUCUCCCCGACGGGCCGACUCCGGCCACAGCAGCGGCGGCGGCGGCGGCGGCGACUAAAGGGGCGGGAGGGGCAGCAGGCGGGGGCGGUGGGGGGGGAGGGGGAGCGGGGGCGAGCCCCCCGGGGGGGGGACUUGGAGUGAAGCUGACGUGCUCAUUGGCUGUCCUGGUGGUAGGGCUCAGCGACGCCGCUUCCUGGCUCGAUGCGCCAAGACGGGUCGGGCUGGUGGAAACGCUACACGCUCAUCUAAAGGGGAAGCCUGGAUCUGCUGCUGUGACCCUGGGGGGCGCUCUGGAGGGCAGGGCCGGCUACGGCGGGGUCUGCGCGGAUGGGGAAGGGGUGUUCCUGAAGACAGCACUUCUUUACCUCUCCAGUCAACAGGUGGCCUCCGCCGUGAGGAAAGAAGAACAAGAACGGCAGUCCCCCGGCGGCGAAAACAGAGACAAUGACGACGUCGGUUUAUCCCGCGAUGUUGGUAGUGAAGAUGGCAACGAAGACGAUGAUGACGGAGUGGAGAUCGACGUGGAAGGCACUGAGGACGGCGACGACGGUGGUGGCGAGAGUGACGGCGGCGGCGGUGUCGGCGGCGGCGGCGGUAACGGUAGAGCCAAGGACAGGGAGAUGGAAAGACUGACCAGCUACAAUGGGUCGCCGAAGCAGGGCGAUGCUGAGCCGGCCAGCGGCGGUGCCGGUGGCAGCCGCGGCAAGGGGCGAAGGCAGCCGUCAAAACGGGCCGAGCGCCUCGGGGAGCGAGUUCUUCGCGCGCUGUCCCAGUGCCAGGCUUGCCUGUACGACGUCGCCAUGGCCCCCUGCGAGGACCACCGCUGCUUGACCCCGCCGAGCCCCCCCUCCACGGCCUUGGAGGCCCGCGCGCUGUACGUCUGCUGGGAGAGCCGCCUGCCCGACCUCCGCCGCUCCCACGCGCUCCGCCUUCUGGAGGCCGUCGCGGCCCACGCCGCGUUUUCGUCCCCGCCUAACACACGCUUCUCCAAGGCGGUGGAAACCCACGUGUUUUUGGCGUGGUCGCCGCUGGCGACGGCCAGGGCAGACAUGAGAGCAGUCGAGAAAGAUGGGCAGGGCGUUCAGGGCAGCAGCUCGAGGAGCAGCGGCGGGCCAGGGUCGCGCGUUUUGUCCUUCUUGCACGGGACAGGUUCAGCUCUACCAGACGGGGUCUUCGACAACAUGCCUGUUGCCAGCGGCGGAGGAAAUGGUUGCUCGGCCCCGGCGGCGACCGGGACUACCAUUGCGGCGGCGGCGGCUCCUAAAGACGGGACACGGGAUGUGAACAGCGAUAGAAGCGGUGCGUCGGCGGUGUCAGCAGGGACGGAGAGGGAAAAACGAGACACGCACGAGGAGCGACGAGGACCGGGCACGGAGCGGGGGGACCCGCAGAGCGCGGGGAGGUGGGGUGGGGCCCCCGUGGACCCCGAGAUGGAGGCUUUCCGGCGGGUGUACCUGGGUUUCUACAAGAACCUGGUGGAGGCCAAAGGAGUGCCUUCCGGGUUCAGAUCGUGCGCGACGAAGUCGAUCGGCGACGCGUCCGAUACGGAGGCUGCGCUCAUGCAGGGGAUCCGGUGGCGCGUUCUCGAUCUUAGCUUCUGUCCGGACCGGAUGUCAUCUUGGAAAGGGUUGGCGCAGUGCGCCUGUCGCCUGGCCGCCCUCUACCUAGACGCCUUUUCUCCGUCGUGCCAUCGGUUGGGGAUGCCCCUCAUGGCAACAGCGGCGCCAGCUCGGAAGCCGAUGGCCGACUCUCGAGCAGCAGGCCGCGGGAACCCUCCUCGAUCUCCAUCCGCCCCUGGCACGAAGGCCGGGGGGGAGGGGGCCGAGGCGAUAGACUCGAGUGCGGCGGAAUCUCCUGGUUCGUGUCCCGCCGCCGUUGCGCCGGGAGACACGCCGUCGCCCAACGCAGACGCCGUGAUGUCGGAUGUUGUUGAUGCCGUUGAUGGCGGCAGCAGUGGCGUUCCCGCUGGCUCACCCGCUCCUGGAAGGAAGGAAAGCGGCGGGGGGACUGGGAACGGUAGCGGUGUCGGUGGGGGCAGCCCCAGCAACGUGACGCCACCGGCCCCCGCCAACGAUGCGACCAUGGCUAUCGAAGUAGCCGGAACCCGCAAUCCCGAACAGGCAGGGCUGGGCGGCGACGACAUUCCGAACUUGGUGAUAGACAUCGGCGACGGCGACACCCCAGCCGUAGCGGAUGCCGCUGCCCCGAUCGCGGCCGGCGGCACUUUCAGCGGGUCAAUGGACGUCAGCACCGGACGCGGAAGAGCCCCCAGCAGCCUUGCGACGGCCGCCGCCGCCGGCGGGGCACGGAAACGGGGACGUCAGGGCGGCGGCGGAUCGGAGAAGGAGACGCAGAGAACGGCAUCGCCGCCGCCGUUCCAAGCGCUGGGGCUGCGGGGCACUCCCGGCCCCGACCUCGGCCCCUUCUUUCGAGGUACUUCGCUUGACGCGAGGGCAGCCAGGAAGGAUGGGAAAGGCGGUGGGAGGCGGGGUGGCACGAGGUUGGCCGCGAUUGCCGAGGGCCUGCGCCGUCUUGGGGCAUCCGGGGCAAGAACGGCGGCGGAGUCGGCGGCGGCCGAGACGAUGGCCACCCGGAUUUUAGGCGGCAGCGCCACGCACGAGGAAUGGGCCGCUUGCCUCGGGCACGCCUCCAUCGCCGCCGCCGUCGGAGCCGCAGAAAAGGCUUUCUCGGCUUGGAAGGCGCUAGCCGAGGAAGCCCUUGCGAAGGCGCGUAGGGAGGCGCUCAGAGGUGGCGGUAAGGGCGGAGGAGGGCAUGAAGGAGGAGCGGAUGGAGGAGGUCUCGACGCCUGCGAGACGGCGGCUAGAGACCUCGCCGAGUGCUGCGAGGAAGAAGCCUUCAUGAAGUUCAUGCUUGCCCGCGACGUAUGGCCCGGUGCCGAGCCCGCCUCCACCGCCACCGCCUCGGCCGCCGGCGGUGCGGCUUCCGUUACCGCUGCGGGCCCCGCCCCCACCGCCGCCACCGCACCCGCCGCCCGUGUUCCAGCCGGCCUCGAAGCGGGUGGACGGCGACGCCUCCUGGAGUCGUCGCUGUCGCUGCUGCAGAGGGCGCAGCGGCUCCGCGAAACGGGGGGGGAGGGGGGGGGAUCGUCGUCUUCGGCGCGCUCGCCCUCCCCGCCUUCGACGGCGUCGUCUUCCCCGCGUUGCCGGCGGCCGCUCAGCGGGUCUCCGGUGUCGUCCCGGCCGCGGUCGCCGAAGACGCUCGCGCGCGAAGCCUUUGCCGUCGGAGGGGGAGGGGAGCAGCAGGACAAGUCGGCGGCCAGAAAACGGCGCAAGCUGUUCGAAGCCUCUUCUUCCCCGGGCGGCGGCGGCGGCUCGGCUGCCGCUGCUCUGCCUCAUGACUCCGCGAGGCUCGGCAAGGACCCGCGGGCUGUCCUGGAGAAGCUCGCGGAGGCGUUACGCUUGGCCCAGCGCUCACAGCACUAGUGCCGUUUACUCCAACCCGUGGUCACACAGAAGAGCCCCUCUCUACCCUCCCCUCCUGCGGUACUUUGCCUUCGAUUUUUAAUGCGAGAAGAGUUCAGCACUCUCUUCCCUCUGUGUACACACGAACUAGCGCUAUCCACUAGACCAGGAGCGGAAGCGAGAGAAAAACUCACUUUGCAAGAAAAUCUCGCUUACGCCGGGAUUCGAACCCCUGACCUGACCUCUAGAAGGUUUCGCGGA